AUGGUACGUGAGAUCUGUCCCUCCUGGCCUGCUAUGGGGGUAAGGGUACGGCAUCUUUCGGUAAGAGGCACACCAAGUCGCACACUCUGUGCCGUCGCUGUGGCAGGAGGUCCUACCACAUCCAGAAGGCCCGCUGCGCUUCGUGCGGUUACCCCGCCGCCAGGCUCAGGAAGUACAACUGGUCGAACAAGGCCCUCAGGAGGAGGACGACUGGUUCUGGCCGCAUGCGCCACCUUAAGGACAUGCCCAGGAGGUUCAAGAAUGGUUUCCGUGAGGGUACUCAGGCCAAGAAGGUCAAGUCCGCCCCCGCUGCCCAGUAAAUCAGCCGUGAACAAUAAACCUCUCUCUAUUUACCCCGAUCUUCUCCUCUCUACCCUCAUGGGCCAGGUUUCUUCUCAUUGCCCGAUAGUGCGAGAAGCAUGGGUGGAUUGA